UUAAAACCUUUUUGAAAUGAAAUGAUUUCGACUUUCUUCUUUUUCCUUUUACAGCAUGGAUAAGUCUGCUGAAAUUGAGCAGUUAAAACUCAAGAUAUCUGUCGCCGAGGGUGAAAUCCGUGAACUGCAUCAAAAUGAUAAGGCCUUGCAAAAAGAGAAUCGCCUGCUAAAGGAUGAACUUCUUUAUAUGAAAUCAAAUGCUUCUCCAUCAGCAGGCUCCAAAGGAGCAUAUUCAACAAGUUGGAAUGCACAUAGAAGCCUCGAGCAACCUACCACACUACCUCAUGUCGAUGAUGACAGUGAUGAUGCGAUGGGAAUGGACGAAACAGUCGAGAGGCAUGAAAAUACGGCUAGAAAGAAAGCUAAGACUCGUAAGCGUAAGAGGCUAUUAUACAAUGUGUGGAUACCAGAUGAGUUCGAAUUAUUAGAGAUACGCGUCCCACAGAUGAAAACGGGUAAGAUACCAUGGGGAAAAAUACUUUCAAUGGGAGGUUUCCUCAAAGACCGAAAUCCUAGGCAAUUAAAAAGCAAAUGGGAGAGAGAGACUGAAAGGAAGCGACAGCGUACAGAGCAAAGCAAUCCUUGCUGAGGUUAUUUCACUACUACGUAUAACAAUAAGCAAGUCUAGUUGGUAUAGGGUAGAAUGCCCGAAAUUUUCUAUAGUCUGGAAUUACAUGUGAGAGUUGCUUUUUGUCAACUGCUGGCGUGGGCUAGUGGAAGAGAUUGGAGUGGAGUUCUGGUUCUAUGCUUCUUAUCCUUUCUUAUCUGGUCAAGGAAAGCUACUGCAUACACUUUUCUGUCUCACCAAUUACUAUUGCGAAAGUCAUCAGCAUGCUACUACAAAUGAUGUUGCAGGUCUUCCUAUUCCUAUAUACCCACAUUGUUUGAGCUCAUAGUUAUCUUUCCUUGAUCAAUUUGAUUACGAAUCACCUUCAGUAAAAUGUGGACAUGACUUGAAUGUUAGCAAGAGGAAGGACAUGUAUAUAUGAAAUAUGACAUUCUGUUGAAUGCUUAUGUCGACAGUUGUUCUAACUUCUGAUGUAGUUCAAAAAUUAGAUCACUGGAGAAACGCAAUUUCUCUAAUUGUCUUUUUU